UGUGGGACGCUGGCGGAAUGUCCGGGCGGGACUCCGGGAUCCAGGUGUGGGGAGCGCUCAUGUGGCGGCUGCCCCGUUAUCGUCGUGCUAUAAUAACACAUCAGCUUUAACCUCCGUCGCCUGCUUUGGCCACAUCAGUUUCACCUGGACCUUCGUAUGCGCCUCGCUGGGCCAUUACUUGGCUCAGCUAAUACUCAAAAUAUUCCUAGAAAGGCUUGCUUAACUUCCUGAAAGUUUUUUUUCUGAAUAUAUAUAUAUAUACAUAAAAAUGAAAAUGAAGACUUGGGUUUUCCUAGUCUGGCUGGUUGCAGCAGCAUUAGUCGCAGCCGAAGACUCGGGGCAGGAGCAAAAUGCAAUUGAGGAGCUUAUGGUGGACACCUUGGUGAUACCAGAAAGCUGUGACAGAGUGUCGGAGAUGGGGGACACGCUGCAGAUCCAUUACACUGGCAGGCUGCUCGAUGGAAAGGUGAUAGAUUCCUCUCUGUCCCGGGACCCGUUGCUUGUGGAAUUGGGGAAAAGGACGGUUAUUGCAGGUCUCGAGCAGAGUCUUAUCGGUGUUUGCGUCGGACAAAAAAUCAAGGCCACAAUACCAGCUCAUCUUGCCUAUGGAAAGCGUGGCUAUCCUCCAACCAUCCCGGGUGACGCGGCGCUGGAAUUCGAGGUGGAGGUGGUGUCUCUGAGCCAGCAGACGCCCUGGCAGAAGCUGGUGAAUGAUGUGUUCCCGCUGGUGUGCCUCGCACUGGUGCCCUCGCUGCUGGGCCUGGUGGGGCUCUACCUCUACAAAAAGGCCGGCGCCCAGCAAUCGGGCAAGAAGAAAGUCAAGGACAAGAAGGGCAAGCAGAAGAAGAAAUAAAGUGCUUUCCAAAGAGCA